CAGAAAGGAGUACAGGGAGGCUCCAGGAGGAAAGAGGACCUGCCCCAGCUCUGAGUCACCAUGAUGCUGCCUGUGCUACUGCUGCUGCUACGGCCCCUCCCAGACCUCUGGAUGGCCAGUGGGCACCCCCUGUUCAUGCGCCUGUCCCCCAGCACCCUACAAGUUCUGUCAGCGCAGGGGACCCAGGCCUUGCAGGCUGCCCAGAGGAGUGCCCAGUGGGCAGUCAAGCGCGCGGUGAUGGAGAUCAAACACAGACUGCAUGCCUGCCGAGGAUCUGAACGCCUCGAGCCAGAAGUCCCGCUUCUCCACGACCCACCUGAGCCAGGACCAUGCGGCGAGAGGCUCCCAGGCGCUGUCAACGUGACCCGGGCCCACGGCCGCAUAGUCGGAGGCAGCAUGGCUCCGCCGGGGACCUGGCCCUGGCUGGUGAGGCUUCAGCUUGGCGGGCAGCCUCUCUGCGGCGGCGUGCUGGUGGCGGCGUCCUGGGUACUCACCGCUGCACACUGCUUCGUGGGGGCCUCCAAUGAGCUGCUGUGGACUGUGACGCUAGCUGAAGGAUCCCAGGGGGAGCAAGCAGAGGAGGUGCGGGUGAACCGCAUCUUGCCCCACCCCAAGUUUGACCCGCAGACCUUCCAUAAUGACCUGGCUCUGGUCCAGCUGUGGACGCCCGUGAGCCCAGCGGGGCCAGCGCGACCCGUGUGUCUGCCCCAGGGCUCCCGAGAACCCCCCGCCGGCACCCCCUGUGCCAUCGCAGGCUGGGGAGCCCUCUUCGAAGAUGGGCCAGAGUCCGCGGCGGUGAGGGAGGCCCGCGUCCCCCUGCUCAGCGCCGACACCUGCCAAAGGUCGCUGGGGCCUGGGCUGCGCCCCAGCACGAUGCUUUGCGCCGGUUACCUGGCGGGGGGCAUCGACUCGUGCCAGGGUGAUUCUGGAGGCCCUCUAACCUGUUCUGAGCCAGGCCCACGCCCGAGAGAGGUCCUCUUCGGAGUCACUUCUUGGGGAGAUGGCUGUGGGGAGCCGGGGAAGCCCGGGGUGUACACCCGCGUGGCCGUGUUCAAGGACUGGCUGCAGGAGCAGAUGAGCGCAGCCCCCUCCACCCGCGAGCCCAGCUGCCGAGAACUUCUAACGUGGGAGCCGUCGGAGGAGCCGCGGGAGGACGCCGCGGGGCUCUGCGCCUUCUACGCGCGCCCGUGCCCGGGCUCCGAGCGCGCCUGCGCCCACCUGGCGCACCAGCAGUGCCUGCAGCGCCGGCGGCGGUGCGAGCUGAGGUCCCUGGCCCACACGCUGCUGGGUCUGCUGCGGGGCGCCCAGGAGCUGCUGGGCCCUCGCCCUGGGCUGCGCAGCCGAACCUCCUCCCAGGCUCGCCCCGCUCCAACCCUCCGGGAACCCCACGAGCAGCGGCUAUACUCAGGCUCGUGGGCUGCAGGCGUGCGGUUCCCCAAGCCCAGGCCGGAGCAGCGUGGACCGACGAAAGGCUGCCCGGGGCUGGAGCCCCUGCAACAGAAGUUGGCCACCCUUCAAGGAGCAUAUGCCUGGAUCCUACAGGUCCCUGCAGAACACCUCGCCAUGGACUUUCAUGAGGUGCUGGCAGAUCUAGGCUCCAAAACACUCACUGGUCUCUUCAGAGCUUGGGUGAGGGCCGACUUGGGAGGCCGGAAUGUGGUCUUUAGUGGCCUGGUGGGCCUGGAACCUUCUACGCUGGCUCACAGCCUCCCAAGACUGAUGGUGCAGGCCCUACAGGCCUUCCGCUUGGCUGUCCUGACAGAAGGAACCUGAGGGACUCUGGACGGGUGUGUGGGGUAG